CUCUCUUCUUCUUCUUCUUCUUCUUCUUCCUCCAUCUCCUCCUCCAUCUCCUCCUCCUCCUCCGCUCUCUCUCUCUCUUUCUCUUUCUCUCCCUGCUCUGUUUCUUUUUCUCCAAUGGAGUCUAAUUAUUCGGGGCACGCUCCCCUGGGACGGAACCUGGGUGACCUACGUCGCUAUGCCGACGACCCAUACCGUGCGGCUCGAAGAGGUGACAGUGGCACAGAUUUCGACGACAUUUUAUCACUCAGCCCCGGAUCCGACAUUGCUCAUUCUCGAUCAGCAUCCGAUAGCAGCACUCGAAAACUCACGGGCUCGCCCGCGCCGGUCCCGUUACGAGACUAUUACGAAGACGACCCUUACGCACGACAGGCAAACAAUGAAACGAAACGCAACAGCAAAGCAGGCUAUCUCGAGCGGAUAGCGGAGCGCGCAAACUCAUACCUCCCGUACUCACACCACCAACGAGACCCGAACGCACCGGUGGCACCCAUCUACAUUGAAGACACGACCUCGGUAGUAGCAGACAAAGAUCGGACAAUAUCACUGCAGCCGGAACUCAUGCUGGCAAACAACAACAACAAUAACAACAACAACAAUUCAGCAGAACGCGUUAUUGGCGGAACAGCCGCAGAAGCGGACCAAUUGGAGUUUUCGAGGAAAAAAAAGAAGCGGCGGCGUUGGUGUGGCAUGCGCAAGCGAAUCGUAGCGCUGCUGGUACUCCUGCUCUGCACAGUGGUGGCCCUCAUCUGGUAUUUUGUUUGGCCGCGUGUCCCGCAAUUGACCUUUCUGGAAGUCGAUGCGCCAGCGUAUGACUAUGUCAACAGCAACGGUACCCAGCAGGACUACUUUAAUGCCUCGUGGGUGCUCAAUAUGACCGCUGAUAAUACCGCUAAUUGGAUACCGACGCAUAUCCGGGACAUGGCCGUCACUGUCGUCUACCGUGACACCAGCGAGCCGUUUGGCCACGGCAAUUCGGGUAGUCUCCAGCUUUUCCCAAGAACACUUCAAAACGUCGAGAUUCCCAUCAGUAUCCGCUACACCGCCAACACGGAGGACCCCACCUACGUUGCCCUCUCCAAUGCAUGCGGCCCUCGUUCGUCCACCUCCGGCUUCAUUGUGCCAACCAACACCUUCAACAUCAAUUUCCUUGUGCAGAUAUCCAUCGAUGGAAUCGCUUGGUCAAACUCGCGAAACAUCUCUGUACCACCAGGCUUCUCAUGUCCCCUUCCCCACGAUUAAUUUCUUUCUCCCAACUUCUUGCAUGAUACCCCAAUCACACUCAUUUAUUUACUAUACAAAUCACUCACAGCACUGCACAUUUCUAUCCUAAUACACACAUAUAUAUACAUACUCCGCAUCACACUUGUUUCUUUGCACCCCCCCACCCCUUAUUUUGCGUCAUUGUACACUAAUUCCUCUCCAAUAAACUCUUCCAUCCAAUUUGCAUCCAUCACAGUAAUAAGC